UUCAGAAGAAAGGAUUAGGCAGUUGGAAAAAAAAGUGAAUGAACUGGUUGAAGAAAGCUGCAUUGCCAACAGCUGUGGAGACUUGAAAUUGGCUUUGGAAAAAGCAAAAGAGGCUGGAAGAAAGGAAAGAGUAUUGGUGAGACAACGUGAGCAAAUUGCUACUCCAGAAAAUAUCAACUUAGACCUCACUUACUCGGUUCUUUUCAAUCUGGCCAGUCAGUAUGCUGCUAAUGAAAUGUAUGCUGAAGCACUGAAUACUUACCAAGUGAUAGUGAAGAAUAAGAUGUUCAGCAAUAGAGGUAGACUGAAGGUGAACAUGGGAAAUAUAUAUUUAAAACAACGGAACUAUUCCAAAGCUAUCAAAUUCUACCGUAUGGCUCUAGACCAGAUCCCUAGUGCCCACAAAGAGAUGAGGAUUAAAAUAAUGCAAAAUAUUGGAGUUGCAUUCAUUAAAACUGGCCAAUAUGUUGAUGCCAUUUCUUCAUUUGAACAUAUAAUGAGCAUGUCCCCAAACUUGAAGGCAGGCUUCAACUUGAUCCUAUGUUAUUUUGCUAUUGGAAAUGGCGAGCAAAUGAAAAAAGCCUUCCAAAAACUGAUUGCAGUUCCCUUAGAAGUGGAUUAUGAAGACAAAUACAUUUCACCAAAUGACGAUCCACAUACUAAUCUACUGAUUGAAGCCAUUAAAAAUGACAGCUUGAGACAAAUCGAACGUGAGAGGAAAUCCAUGGCAGAGGAAUACAUCAUGACAGCUGCUAAACUCAUUGCACCUGUAAUUGAGACAUCUUUUGCAGUGGGCUAUGACUGGUGUGUUGAAGUAGUAAAAGCUUCCCAAUAUGUCGAGUUAGCCAAUGACCUGGAAAUAAAUAAAGCCACUACUUACUUGAGGCAGCAGGAUUUUAGCCAG